CUCAACCCCCCGUCAAUUUCGGAGAUCGCGCCGCGCCUCUUCCUCGGAAACUUCAGCAGCUCGUACGACGUCGAGACACUGAAGAAGCACUCUAUCACGUCAACACUGUCGCUCAUGACAGAAAAGUCGCCGCGCUGGAUGGACCCCCAUGUUCAGCAUCAUGUGUCAGCGGCGCGCCGCCUCUUCAUCCCGGCCGUCGACGCAGAUUGGAUGGACAUCCUGUCCAAACUGGACGAGAUCUGCGAGUUUAUCGAUAAACAGCUCGCAAUGCCCAUAGGGACUGUGCCCGGGGGCGUGCUGGUGCACUGCCGCAUGGGCAUCUCGCGGUCAGCGACGGUUGUCAUCGCCUACCUGAUGAAGAAGCAUGGCCAAUCCGUUGACGAGGCGCUGGCGGCCGUGCGCGCCAAGCGCCGCAUCGUCAGCCCCAAUGCGGGCUUCCUGGAGCAAUUACAGGCGUGGGGCAAGAUAAAAUACGACCUCUGGGAGGUGCCGGGGAAGGUCCCAAAGAGGGAGUACACCGAGUUCCUCCGCCGCUGGGACGAGCGCCAGGAGGCUGCAAAGAGGAAA